AUGGAUCUUGUGUUUGUCGAGUUCCUCAAGUUGAAUCCUCUUGCUUUAAUUCCUAUUCUGGUGGAUGGCAAUUUUGUUCUUGCUGAAUCCUUAGCCAUUAUUAUGUAUUUGGACGAUAAGUAUCCUCAAUACCCUUUGCUGCCUCAUGACGUUCCCAAAAGAGCACUCAAUUUUCAAGUUGCACAUAUUAUUUUACAGAAUAACGUCAUUGAGAAAAAGGUUGGCCCUCAUGAAAAACUUCCUUGGGCACAAAGUGUCAUUAGAAAGGGCUUCACAGCACUUGAAAAGCUACUGAAAGAUCAUGCAGGGAGAUAUGCCACUGGAGAUGAAAUUUUUCUGGUGAGUAACUGUUAUAGUUGUUUGGUAAAUAAUGUUGGGAUUGGUUUGGGUGAUAAAUAUCCUAUUGGCAAUAAAAUUCAAGCUGUUUGGAGUGAAGAUAGAAGAAUUUUGUUGUUUAAACUUCUUAGAAGUGCAAGUAUUUUUGCAGCAACCCCGCUAGGAAUGAACAAGGGAAUGAACACUGAUACAAUUGUUAAGGCCAAGAGUUAUCUUGAUGGUGAGGAAGAUCAGCAUGAAAAAGAUGUGUUUGAGAAGAAUUUGAAAGCGCUUCAGAAGAUUUUUUAG